GCGCGCGCCGCUGUCGUUCCGGAGGAGAUGCUGUAGGCGAUUCACGCGUCUGUCAGGAUUACUUACUCUGACUUCCGCCGUGAGGCGCCACCCAGAGGGUACUCUCCCCCACGACCGUAAAGCAGGCGCGAACGCUAGCGGACGGGGAGAGUAGGAAAGGGCUAUCCAAGAGGGCGGUGAACCUUCGGAUCGGCUGCAUCUGGCUGGCAUUGAAAAAAUAGAGGAGGCGCUGCCUCUAUUCUGGCAACUCAACUUCGCUGUCACUGGGGGACUUGUCUGCCGAAGCGUAGGCGUUUGUCAAGUAUCUGUCAUCUGGUGAUGUUUGUGUGAAACUGAAAUCGCUCGAAGCAGCAUAAGCUGACCGCCACAGAGAAUGAGCUAAUCGCUGCAAGGACCCACGUCCGACAGUGACAAUGGCGUCAACAACUGCUUCCCGCUAGCCUCGUGAAAGCGCGACACGCGGGAGCGAAGACUCCAAGAGCGAAGGUAUAGCACAGGCCAGCUACCAUGUUUUGGGCCUCCGACGGCGUAGGCAAGCUACCCUAUGUGUGACGCCCGACACCGAACCACGAACUGAGAACCAGGAUCCCAACACAGAGGACAAGCAGCCAGUACAACACAUCCUCCAUCGUUUUCAUGUGACCGACAAGAUUUCCCGCGGAGGCAGAUAUGACACAGCUUUUGAAGUCUUGACUGCAGUGUAGUGCUCCUGCAUGCCACGCCCCAUACCUAUAAAAGUGACGGAUCGUGCGUCAGAAUUUACACGGAACGAUAUAUCCCCUCUGGUGUUAUAAAAGAAAGUGAACGCAACGACCGCUGGAAAUACUCCACGAAUACAAGAAAAUUGGCAGGAUAGCUAUACUGUGAACAAGCUUCUUGAUCGAAAGCAUGUCGCCUCCAACGCAACCGAUCGCUGUCGUUGAACGAAAGUGGUAUCGCCUCCUCCUAAACUACGCCUUGCACAUCAUAAUUGGUAUAGCUGGUAUUGUACUCAUGCCUCUCUUGAUCGUGAGCCACCGUUUCCAAGAAAACUUUUUCGCUUUCAUCUACGUGAUCAUGCAGCGUUGCAUGAAUGAAGAAGUGGCAGCGAUUCGAAAAGCCGUCUUGUCACAGCUCGACGAGAUGUCUCCGCAAGAGCUAUCAUCAAGUGUCCACUGUUCACUGCGCGUACUGGAAGUCGGAGCAGCCUACGGACCAAAUCUCGAGUUCAUCCAACGACCCGUCGAGUACUGGACGGUGGAGCCCAACAGAAGCUUCGAGGAUUCCUUUAUGCGAAACAUUGAAAGAAACCCGAACGUGGAGAUGAAGGAAUUGAUCACCGGACACGGGGAGGACAUGCAUAUGUUGCCAGACGGCUACUUCGACGCAGUUGUCCUCUUCUUCGUACUCUGCUCGGCAAAUGACGGAUCCAAACUCCUGAGUGAAUGCAAGCGUGUAUUAAAGAAGGGUGGUCACCUUCUCUUCGCUGAGCACGUCGGCUACAAGAAGGGCACCUUCUCAAGGUUUAUACAAGAUACCCUGACCCCACUGACCAAGAAAUUUGCCUGCGGUUGCCACAUGAAUCGCGAAAGCGGCGGUGUGCUGGAAAAUGCCGGUUUCGCUAGUAUAGAGAUAAAUACUGUUUACCUCAAUGUGCCUCUACUACUUAGCAAUAACAUAUACGGCGUCGCGACAGCUUGAAACAUGUGUAAUAAAGCAUUUUGGCGGUGAUGGCGUCCUCGUUACAAGACACGUGUUUUACAAAGUGGAGCAGCCUUUUUGCUAAACAUUCUUUGUGCAUGAAGUUCACUGGUGUACGUGAGGCGAUAGACUGCUAUAUAUACUAUUGAGGAGGACUUGAUAUAGAAAAUGAAUGUGUAGUGUAUUCAAUAAGGAUUACCAAAAGCUUCGGUUUAACCGUUUGAAUAUUGGAAACAGCACCUACAUCUUUGAUAACGAGGCAAAAGAGGUGGUACACUGCAAUUCAUGGCAAACCCUCGAAGCUGACCGUUCUGCGCAUGUCAAACAAAGUUUGCAGCUUAUAAUUAUCAACUGCCGCAGCAUAAGAAAUAAAGCAGAUGAGUUCGCGCUCGUAAUUUCACUGCGUUGUCCGGACAUUAUCAUUGGUACUGAAUCCUGGCUGGAUGACACAGUUUUCAAUGCUGAAGUGUUCCCAAUAGGCUACACGGUUUAUCGCUCGGACAGGAA